AGCAUCAUGGCAGCCAGUUUUCUCCCUCCGUGAAAUUUAGGUUGGUCUGCGUUACACGGACGUCCGAACCCACCUUUUCUUAGCCUCGUAGAUUUCUCGACCUGCCAGCGGGCUUUCCUGUUGCCCGUCGACGGAGCCAUGAACAGGCAGACCAAUGCGCAGGCGGGCGGCCAGGCGGGGCCGGCAGGCGGCAGCGGCGAGCGGACGGAGGUGCCGAACCGGCAGUUCUUCCUGCAGGUGGCGAACGCGUCGACGGCCAUCCAGGUGGUGGCCGGCGAGAUGUCGGCGCUCUGCCGGCUGGCAGCCGACGGGGUGACCAUUUCCGCCGUCAGUCCGCUGCUGCACACGCUCUCCGCGUAUCCGUGCUUCGAUCCGCUUAAUCUCAAGGCCACCGCACUCGCAGUGGCGGCGGCCGCCGCCGCCUCGUUCCCUGCUGCCGAUCCCACCGCAGCCCCUGCGGCCGCCGCUGCCUCCCCGGCCCCCGCUGUGACCCCCGCUCCCGCCGCGGCUCCCUCGGAGGAGAAGUCCCCCGCGACUCGCAGCCGCGGGAAGGAGGGCUCGGCGUCGAAGGAGAAGCGCGAGAAGCGACCGCUGUCCGCCGUGCAGAUGGCGAUGCAGCAGUUCCUCGGCGACGAGCGCGACCGCAUCCUCGCGCGCGGGGACGCUGCCACGCCCAAAGACGCCUACCAGAUGGCCCGCCGCCGCUGGGCGGAAAUGCGCGCCGCUAGCGGCGAGGGGAAGAAGAAGGGGGGAAAGGGGAAGAAAGCGGAGGAGGAGAAGGAGGAGCAUGAGGAGGAGCAGGAGGAAGGGGAGGAGGAUGGUGAAGGGAGCGACGACGCGCCGAUUGAGCUGGGCGACGACGUGAUGGAGGUGGCGGAGGAGGGGGAGGAGAAGGAUGAGGAGGAGAAGGAGAAGGGGGAGGAGGAGAAGAAGGGCAAGGGUGGUGAGGAGGAAGGCGAGGGACGGAGGUCGCGCAAGGGGAAGGAGAAGGUGGUGGAGGAAGGUGAGAAGGCCGGUGCUGGGAGCAGCGCAGGGAAGAGAAAGAAGCGGAAGCAGGCGGAUGAGCAGGGGGCUGCUGCCCCUGCCACCGUGCUAGGUGCCUCAGCUGCUGCUGGCACCUCUGCUGCUGCUGCUGCUGCUACCGCGGGAGGCGAGGGGCGGAGCAACGUGCCGGGCAAGCAGGUGAAGAGGAAGAAGAAGUUGGGGCAGGCUAACGCCACUCCAGACAAGGCGCAGUGAGGGGUGGCCUCGCGCCGGGGAGGGCUGCAUGCAUGCGGCCAGCCGCUUGCGCCUAUGCCAGCCGCUUGUGCCCAUGCCAGCCGCUUGUGCCCAUGUCAGCCGCUUGUGCCCAUGCCAGCUGCUUGUGCCCAUGCCAGCUUCUUGUGCCCAUGCCAGCCGCUUGUGUUACCGUUAGGCUAGUUUCUGGGGUUAGUGUUUCCAUAGGGCUAGGGUCUGGGGAUUCUAGUAUUGCAGUAGCUAACAGACUUGUGCACAGCUGCAGUUGCGGCCUAACAAUGCUUUCUUUUCCUUUCCUAGUUAGCACCUUCAUUUUAACAUUGCCUACAAGUUGUAUUC